UGGGAAGAUGCCUAUCAGGAAAUGAGUAUACAGGUGGAGGUGUCUGCGUUGGGGGUGGUGCACAUACCUGUGGGUGGAGGUUUGUCUGGGAACAUUCCCGUCUGAGGGUGAUUGUGUCUCUGAGAGUGUGCCGAGCCUCUGAGAAUGUGACUGUCUCUAAAUGUAGGUUUGCCGUUGUGUUCCUGCAAAUGAUGUGUGUGUGUGGUUGUGGGUAUGAUGCGAGCAUUUGUUUAUGGGUUUCUCAGGGUAUGUUUGUGUCCAAGGCCACAUGGUAUUUGUGUUUGUCUGAAAGUGUGCCCGUGGGUGUGUGGAGUGUGUGCAGCAUAUCUGGGUGUGUGUCCCCAGGUGUGUGUCUCCGUGUCUGGGUGUGAGUCUGUGUUCUUGGGAGGGCUGUUCCUGAAGGCGUUCCUAUCUCCGUGUACUCAGCUGUAUACCUGCGAAAGGGCUGGACUUCGGAGUUGUGACUGUGUGGUGUGUGUUAGUGCGUGUGUUGGUAUAGAAGGUGCAUCUCGGUGUAUGUGAGUGUGUGGACUGUCUGGGCGUGUGUCUUUGUCUCUGGGUGUGUCCCUGGAAGGGACGCGUCCUGUCGGGGAUGUGCGUGCCUCCCUGCCUUUCCCCGGCAGCCCCACCUGGGUCCUGGCUCAGGCCCGUGGAUUCCGAUGCCCCUUUAACGCCCCCCCCACCCCCGGCACCACCUGACGUCGCAUGCAGCCUGCCAGUGCUGCAGUGAGCACGCACACGCACACACACAGGCGCGCACACGGAGCCCAGAGCCUCCGAAGCCACCUCCCGGGACCCUCGCCCUGCCCCCCCAUGGGCAGGGGUCCCAGGCCACCUCCAGCUACUGCCGCGGGGGGGCCCAUCAGGGCCAGGGGCUGGCAGACCAUGUAACCAGGGCUGCUAUCGGGAGCGCGGAGGGGAAGGGAGCCCCCAGCCCCGCUGGGCCGGCCCAGGCCCCUCCGCGGCUCCCCCUUGCACUGCCCACCUGCCCUGAACCCCCCCGCCCCCACCAAACCCACAGUGGCUGUUAACCCCGGGACUCCCCAAGCCCAGCCUCUGUGUGCGGCAGCCCCGAGCGGGGCUAAGAUUCCAAGAUGCCCUUGGUGGAUUUCUUCUGUGAGACCUGCUCCAAGCCGUGGCUGGUGGGCUGGUGGGACCAGUUCAAGAGGAUGUUAAACCGUGAACUCACACACCUGUCAGAGAUGAGCAGGUCAGGAAACCAGGUCUCUGAGUACAUCUCCACCACAUUCCUGGACAAGCAGAAUGAAGUGGAGAUUCCAUCACCCACGAUGAAGGAUCGAGAAAAACAGCCAGCUCCCCGCCAGAGACCUUCCCAGCAGCCCCCGCCCCCUGGGCCGCAAUUCCAGCCCAUGUCUCAGAUCACGGGGGUGAAGAAGCUGACGCAUAGCAGCAGCCUGAGUGACUCUAGCAUCCCCCGCUUUGGGGUGAAGACCAACCAAGAAGAGCUCCUGGCCCAAGAACUGGAGAACCUGAACAAGUGGGGUCUGAACAUCUUCUGCGUAUCCGAAUACGCCGGAGGCCGUUCCCUCAGCUGCAUCAUGUACACGAUAUUUCAGGAGCGUGACCUGCUGAAGAAAUUCCGCAUCCCAGUGGACACCAUGGUGACAUAUAUGCUGACCCUGGAGGACCACUACCACCCCGACGUGGCCUACCACAACAGCCUUCACGCGGCCGAUGUGCUGCAGUCCACCCACGUGCUGCUGGCCACACCCGCGCUAGAUGCUGUGUUCACGGACCUGGAGAUUCUUGCCGCCCUCUUCGCGGCCGCUAUUCAUGACGUAGACCACCCUGGGGUCUCCAACCAGUUCCUCAUCAACACUAAUUCGGAGCUGGCGCUCAUGUACAACGAUGAGUCGGUGCUGGAGAACCACCACCUGGCCGUGGGCUUCAAGCUGCUGCAGGAAGACAACUGCGAUAUCUUCCAGAACCUCAGCAAGCGCCAGCGGCAGAGCCUGCGCAAGAUGGUCAUCGACAUGGUGCUGGCCACGGACAUGUCCAAACACAUGACCCUCCUGGCAGACCUGAAGACCAUGGUGGAGACCAAGAAGGUGACCAGCUCGGGGGUCCUCCUGCUGGACAACUACUCCGACCGCAUCCAGGUCCUUCGGAACAUGGUGCACUGUGCAGACCUCAGCAACCCCACCAAGCCACUCGAGUUGUACCGCCAGUGGACCGACCGCAUUAUGGCCGAGUUCUUCCAGCAGGGGGACCGUGAACGUGAGCGGGGCAUGGAGAUCAGCCCCAUGUGCGACAAGCACACAGCCUCGGUGGAGAAGUCUCAGGUGGGUUUCAUCGACUAUAUCGUGCACCCGCUGUGGGAGACGUGGGCUGACCUGGUCCACCCAGACGCCCAGGAGAUCCUGGACACGUUGGAGGACAACAGAGACUGGUACUACAGCGCCAUUCGCCAGAGCCCCUCACCGCCACCUGAGGAGGAGCCCAGGGGGCCAGGCCACCCACCCCCACCUGAUAAGUUCCAGUUUGAGCUGACGCUGGAAGAGGAAGAUGAGGAGGAGGUGUCUACCGCCCCGGGUGCAUUUACGGUGCAGGGAUUGUCCGGGGCUCAGGAUGCGUCCCCAGCUGAGGAACUCUUGGAGGUCGAUGGCCAGGAUAUGCCCACGGAGGGGAAGGUACAGGAACCUUGCUGCACGCAGCAAGCAGACUCGGCCGGUAGUGUGGCUGCGGGCAAGGACAAGGCCACGUCCCCAGACGCAUCCGUGGAUGCCGUAGGCCGCAGCAGCCCCCUGGCCCUGUCUGCCGAGAGCCCCCUUCCGCCCGCCUUGAGGACCCCGCCCCCUCCAGAGGACACCCCGGGCCUCCCGGGCCUCCCCUCCACGGCGGCCGAGGCGGGGGCCCAAAAAGAGCAUCAGGCUGCCAAGAGGGCGUGCAGUGCCUGCACAGGAACGUCCGGCGAGGACCCCCCCCCACUCCCAGCUCCUGGGGGGUGGGGGUCAGCUGGAGGCCCUACCUGAACCCCGGCCCCGACACCCUCCUGCUCUCCCCGGCUCCCUUCGCCACCAUUACCCCACGACCACCUCCUCCACUGCCUCAAAGACUCUUGGGCCUCCAGAGAAAAAAGAAAACAGAAAAGUGGGGAUUUUUCUCUUUUCUUUUUUUCCUCUUUCCCCCCACCCCCACCCACGGGGCCUCUUUUUGGAGGUGGGGGCUGGGGAACAAGGGGCGGAGGUCCCGGAAGGGAUUUUAUUUUUGGAAUUUUAAUUGUUACAUUUUUAGAAAAAGAAAAAAAAAAAAAAAACAGGAUGAAACACAGCAACUGUAGAUCUCCUGUU